AUGAGUGAAAACGGGGUUUCUGGAAAUCCUGAUGAACCAGUUGUUCCAAGAGAUGUCAGAAUUUUGCAUCUUAUAUUGGCAUCUCAGUCAAUCCAAAGUUAUGAAGAUCAUGUACCAUUACAACUAAUGGAUUUUGCACACAGUGAGUUUGAGAGAACUAGACUUCCCGUCAAUUUUAUACUAACGUUAAUACCGGGAUCUAAAAUAACAACAGAUGAUAUAAGAUUAGCCAUUGCAGCAAGAACAAAUUACCAAUUCAAACCAGUCACUCCAAAAGAAUUAUUAUUAGAAUUAGCUGCAGAAAGAAAUAAGAAAACGUUGCCACCAAUCAUGCCUGGUUAUGGUAUUAGACUACCCCCAGAAAAGUAUUGUUUAACUGCUAGAGAUUGGUCUUUGAGUGAUGAAGAAGACGUAAGUAGAUGA